CCUUGACGGUGCAGUACGUAGGCGAAAACAAGCCAGUUUUGGAGUUCCUGUACGAAAAUAUCAAUUAUUCCAAUCCGCCAUGGUUUUGCACUGUUCGCUCGAGAAAACAACUUAAUCCGCGAGCCCAGCAGUGCAACAAUUUGAACGAGACCGCGAAAACUUUAACGUUCUCCAGCACCGCCCGGUGCAGGCUGAGAACGCUGCAUCUUCGCCUGGAGGAGGUGCCAUCAUCGUCUCAUAAUCGGUCGUGCCAGUGUUGUGCAGCAUUUGGUUCCCUUAAAGCAUCGAUUGUUGAUUUCCGUUCAGUGGAAAGCGAAACAAAGCAGAGGAGAAGAAAGAAGCACCUGGCUCCCUGAUCAAUCCAAGUAUGCGUAUAGACCGAUACAGCGCUUGAAGGAAGUAGCCAGUCCGUCCCUGCCAAUCGCCUCGCAACGCCGUUUCACGGCAACUGAUACGAACCGUCCGGUGCUAUAGACAGGAUCGACAUCAUGAAUCUCCAGAAUGGCAACAGCCGCGGUACGUACGGCAAGGAUACGACCAACAGCAAACGGUUCUCCAUCCACGAUGCGUUUGAGGAGGAAACGGACGAAGUGAUUAAGGUGUACGGGUCUACCGUCAUCAGCACACCGAUGCGAGCGAAAGCGCGCUCACCGGACGAUGUUUCUAUCAGAAUUCACGAUCAAAGCAGUAACAGCAGCAGCAGAAACCUUAAAUACACCGAUGAUACCACCUCCAGGGAUAGCGACUCGCUGAUACAGGAGUACGGUCAUCUAUCGUCCAGCGAUACCUACACCUACUGCUGGAGGCACCCGAAGGUGCGCGAAAACUGGCGCACCGUACUGGCCGCGACAGCCCUGCUGAUUAUCGGCACCGGGCUCAUAGCGAUGGGCGCGUACGCUCUGGCAGAACCGCACAACGGGUCGCAGGCUGCCGUGUUCUUUGUCGCCGGAUUCAUCUGCUUCGUCCCAGGUGCCUAUCACGUCGUGUACAUCUGGCUGGCAGCACGUGGCUAUCGAGGAUUCGAUUUCUACCAUUUGCCACUUUUCACGUAGAGCAGUUACUAGAAGGAUGAAAGCCAGAAGCAAUGGAGCGAAGGGUAGCGUGCCCAAGAGUAUUGUGAUCAUAGGCAAAACGAUCGUCGAUCGAUCAUUAAAAUCGGAAACAAAAAGGAGACUAUCGAGCGGAUAGUCGAAAAUGUAUCACACGAAAAAUGCAACAUUUUAUCCAUGACUUCAUCUCAGUACUUGUAGGUUGAUCAUCGUAGGGCCAGGAAGAAACUGUAGCAGCAGGAGUAACCACAACACAUUCCUGUGUAUGUGUGCGUCAUUUGCCGCUAUCACAAUGGAAAAAGGAAAAUCAUUCAAAAUUCAAGGGAGAAAUGAAGAAACUAAUGGAUAUUACCGUGUAUAACUUAUAGCAUACCUGUGAAGCAAGUGAUUUGAGCGAAUCCCUCCAGCCUUUUGAUUAACUGUUGUUUAUCUUUUUGCUUUUGAGACUGCGGCUGUAGCACCGUCUUCCUUGAUGAGAAGCUGAUUAGGUGAAAAAAAGAAUUUCUGAGCGUAUAUUAUUAGCUGCACCGAUAGUUGCAAUCAGUAGUUCUGCAAAGGUAAACAAGGUUGAAUAGAACAGCUUAACAGUAACGAGAACAGAUGCCCAAAGAGCUAUAGAAGUGCCAUCAUUUUCUGGCCAGAUCCUUUCAGUAGAUUCCGCCAAACGAAACGGAGGGACGAAGCUUUGGCACCUGCCCUGUGCCUGUGCAACACCUGUCAAGAUUGGCACGCUGUUACGCUCAAAGAAUAGACCACCGUACCAAUCCAGAUCUGACACGUGUGUCAUAACUAGUUCCACAAUCGAUUGAUGAGGUCACGCAUCACGUUGCAUACUCAAUGCUGGAGUACGAGAGACACAUUAGCAGAAAUGUGAACACAACGUACAACUCCAUUGUUCGCUGACCCAGGCCUUGAUGAGUGGGGUAGAAGAGGUAUAAGAAGUAGCAAUAGGUGUAUGUAAGCAUUACACGUUUAAGUUCGAGGGAAGAAACAUGAUCGAAACCUGGAUAUGCAGUGCGGUCAGUAUUAGGCAAUCAAUUCGAACCAAUUUGAACGAUCCUGAGACUGUAUACUGGAAGCUAUGAAGGGCGAAUAGUUAGAGAUGCAGUUCACCGAGUGACAGGAAGGAUCAGAAUGGAAUCUUGGAAGAAAGUAUUUAUGCAUGAAUUUCCUGUGGCAUCGUAACAAUCGAUCAGCAACAGGAAUGACGCUUGUUAUGGUUAGGUUUAAACGUUAGUUGGUUUGAGCAACUAACGGAACAACACUGAAAAACAAACACACACACAGACACAUUGACUGAGCUUUAACUAAAUUGUUCCGCGUUCCGAUUUCGUCGCAGUCAUGCACGUACGGCAAAGGAACGUAGAGACUUAAAAUCGAAAACUAUUGGGCGUUUAUGGGCGAUCCUUUCUCACGCGAUGUCCAGCAGCUAAAUGCUCUUUUCAUUGUAUACUUAACACAUUGCACAUUGACAUUUAGAUAAAUCCACCAGCGGCAAAGGUACAAUACGAAGUACAUUGAAGGGAGAAUAUGUAUUUGCGCUAAGAGGAGUAAAAUAAAUAGAGAAAUGGAGUUUUUUCAGAUUAAAAAAACACCCUUCAGCACCUUUCCCUGACCAACACAUGAUAGAUAUUGAUGAGGGGAGUGGGAAAGAUAUGUGAAGAUAGGUAGAACUCUUCAAGGGGUUUGGCUUUGUAAUACGAAAAGUAAUACGCCUUUCAACGUCGCAAUGUAAUGAAAUUAAUUAUUAGAAUAAAGCAAAUAUAUAGUAAACCGUUUUAUAAACAGGUAUACUCCGUACUCUCCACGAGUGUUAUCGAUGAUCCUUUCCAAAGCCACCGGUAGCAUAUAAUUUCGAACUCGAUACUAGAAAGUAAAGGUCACCACUGCUCAUAUGCGUGCCGAACGGGAUUGCCACAUGCCGUGCCAGGGUUAAUUAAUGGCGUCCUGGGCGAUUAACUAAUAAAAUAAUUUUCCUCCUCGUUCCGGGCCUCUACCCGAACCUACGGUCCUGUUUCGAUUUGAUUAAAACCCUUACUAC